CCUCGCUGGAUUUCCUAGACCGGGGCUUUCGGGCAGAGGUGGGCGUGGACCGCGGUGGCCGAGAUAAUUAACACGCGCGCUACCCCGCCGCCUCCUGUCCUGCGCGCAGCAUCCGCUUCCCCGCGCGCGCCGCGAGGGUCCCGGUCCCGCUCCCGGCUGCAGGUAAUUCCAGAAAGAUGAGGAUAUUUAAUGCCUUUGUAUUCACAGUCUACUGUCAUUUACUGAAUGCAUUUACUAUCACAGUUCCCAAGGACCUGUAUGUCGUAGAGUAUGGCAGCAAUGUGACAAUCGAAUGCAGAUUCCCAGUAGAAAACCAAUUAGACCUGACUUCACUAAUUGUCUACUGGGAAAAGGAAGACAAGCAGAUUAUUCAGUUUGUACAUGGGAAAGAGGAUCUGAAGGUUCAGCACAGUAGCUACAGGCAAAGGGCCUGGUUAUUGAAGGACCAGCUCUUCAAGGGAAAUGCUGCACUUCAGAUCACAGAUGUGAAAUUGCAAGAUGCAGGGGUUUACUGCUGCAUGAUCAGCUAUGGUGGCGCAGACUAUAAGCGGAUUACUUUGAAAGUCAAUGCCCCAUACGAUAAUAUCAACCAAAGAAUUUCUGUGGAUUCGGUCACUUCUGAACACGUCCUAACCUGUCAGGCUGAGGGUUACCCGGAAGCUGAAGUCAUCUGGAUGAGCAGUGAUGGCCAAAUCUUGAGUGGCAAGACCAACAUCACCAGUUCCCAGAGGGAGGAGAAGUUUUUUAAUGUGACCAGCACACUGAGAAUCAAUGCAACAGCUAAUGAGAUUUUCUACUGUACUUUUCGAAGAUUGAGCCCCAGGGAAAACACUACAGCUAAAUUCAUCAUCCCAGAACCACCAUUACCCAGCCACAAGAGGACUUACUUGGUGACACUGGGAGUUGUCCCACUGUUCCUUGUUGCAGCACUGAUGGUCUUCCUCUGUUCAAGGAAAGAUGACACACAGUUUGAGGAGACGUAACCAGCAUUGCAAUGUCUGAUCUUCAAGGAAGGAUUCUCAUCCUGUGGUUCGGGAGUUCAUGAAUGAAAGGGCCCAUAGAAUGCUGGUGAUGUUGGACUUAAAAGGACCAAGCACUGAAAAUGGAACCUGGGGGAAAAAAGAGGAAGAGAGCAAAGAAAGGUGGCAUAGGAAGAGUAGCCUGGAAGGGAACCCAAGUACUUCAACAGAAUUGAGGACCUCAUUAGUGCAUGUGAAAGAGACAAUGGACACUCCUGAAUGAGGAGCCUCCAAGCAAAUGGUUUAUCACUCAUCCUAGGAAAGCAUCUUGAAAUCCCUGACUUAAGGGCUAGCUCUUAUAGAAGUGCUCUUUGCCUCCACUCGAUGCCUGAAUAUGUCUUCUAGUGACUGAAUGUUCUAGUGUUGAAGAGUGUUUAAGUAUGAGUUGUUUCUAUUUAUUGUGAGUCUGUGACAUCUUCUCAUCAUGUGAC